AUUGAAACCAACCUUAAGCUCUUUUUAUCUCCGCUCUAAAGGUAGCCCCGAUUAUUGCUAACUUAAGUAUCGGAGUGUCUACCCCGAGUUCUACCUCGGGGCUUUGCAGGUCUUCCCAGAGUGCAAGCGUGGACUGAAGAAGAACUCCUGGUUUGGUGCAAUUACAUUGGCGCCGUCUGUGGGAAACGAAUUGAAAGCCUUCUAGUUGCUCUUUCAUCAUGGUCCACACUCGAUCAAUCAGAGCUGGUAAUUCAUCUCUGCCUCAUGGGCAGGGUCAACCCCCCACCAACCUUCCACCUCUGAUCCCACCUCAACUUACACCUCAGCCUCCACCUCAGGGUCAAUCCCAUAUAGCACCCGCUCAACAACACAUCCCUGAUGAUGUUACUCGCCGUCUCGAUAGCUUGGAAAAGCUAGUAGCUAAACACCGAGGUGCUCCACCCCCACACCAUGCUGUUGAUUCUAUACCUCACCCUCUGAAUACCAACAUUACUCUAGAACCCUAUCCUGUUAGCUUCAAAAUACCACAACUGGAGACUUACGAUGGGAUGAAAGAUCCCGAUGACCACCUACAUGCUUUCUACUCUUGUAUGCAAGCUCAGAACGCCUCCGACGCGUUGAUGUGCAAAAUCUUCCCCUUUACUCUUCGAGGUAACGCCCGAACUUGGUAUUACAGUUUACCUCCGAGGUCAAUUAGCUCGUAUACAGAAAUGGCAUCUGCCUUUGCCACUAAGUUUUCCAGUAGAAGGUUGAUUAGGAAAACUACUUCUGAGCUGAUGAGAGUUAAACAGAGGGAUGGAGAAUCCCUAAAGAACUAUAUGAGCAGGUUCAAUGAUGCAGUAUUGGAGGUUAGUUCCUUUGAUCAAGCUGUGGGGAUUGCAGCUGUAAUCUCCGGUCUUAAGCAUGACAGGUUCAGAGACAAUUUGAUCAAACAUGCUGCCACCACCUUCAGUGAGGUGAACGAUAGGUCUCUGAAGUUUAUAACCGCCGAGGGGUAUGCCCUGGCGCAGAAUCCGACUCCCACUAAGAACCAGAACCCAGAGUCACAGAUUUUUAUGCAGAUUAAGAACAAAAUGGACUUGAGACGUCCUGGCCCAAUGCGAACUGCUGCUGCUAGUCGAGACCAUACCAGAUAUUGUGAUUUUCACCAAGAUCACGGCCAUACUACAGAGCAGUGUAACAGUUUAAGGCAAGGUGUGGGAUAUCAGCAAGCCCCACCUCCGCUCCCACCACCAGCUAGAAUCCUACACAUGAUUACGGGAGGCCUUGAAGCAGGUGGACUAAGCUCUAAGCAGCGAAAGCUGUAUGUUAGAGAGCGUGUCCUUGUUGAUACUGGGAGUGCACCAGACAUCAUGUACUUCCACUGUUUCGAGAGUCUGGGACUAGAUCCAGCAUUGUUGCAGAAAUAUGACGGUCCUAUCUAUGGUUUCAACAAUCAACCUGUGCCGAUAGAAGGAGUUCUUACCCUCCAUGUGGCUUUUGGGAGUGGCCGGACCUAUGUAACCCCUUCAAUCUGGUUCCUCGUCGUCAAGAUGGCGUCUUCUUUCAACAUUGUCAUUGGCCGACCUACAUUGACUGAAAUCCGAGAUGUGGUUUCCCAAUCUCACCUCUGCAUGAAGUUCCCAACUCCUAUGGGAAUAGCAACACUGCGAGGAAACCAAGAGGUGGCCAGACAUUGUUAUAUCACCUCAGUAACACAACCAACGAAGGGCAAAAAUCAGACACCCGAGGCCAUUCCCCAGCGAAUUCCUGAUACUCAGCAAGUUAUGGAUAUGCCAGGAAUUCCGGCCAAAUGUAUUUUCGGUGUGGAGUCUGGAAAGUUUCUGGGUUUCAUGGUGUCCCGAAGAGGGAUUGAGGUUAAUCCAGAAAAAAUUAGAGCAAUUGCCGAGAUGGAACCACCGAAAUCAGUAAAAGAUAUACAGAGGUUGACUGGAAGAGUGGCAACCCUUCAUCGAUUCAUAUCGAAGUCAGCAGAUAAGUGCCUGCCAUUCUUCAAGAUCAUGAGGUCGGCUGCCCAGAAGGAUGAAUCAGGAAAACAGAAGAAAUUUGAAUGGAGUCAGGAGUGCCAGGCUGCAUUCGACGAGCUGAAGUCUUAUCUUAGCUCACCACCUCUGCUGACUAAGGCUGUCGAUGGAGAGAUUCUUUACUUGUACCUGGGGAUUUCAGAAGAGGCCAUUAGUUCAGUUCUGUUGAGAGAGGAAGCCAAGCAACAGAAACCAAUCUAUUAUAUCAGCAGUGUAUUACACGGAGCGGAGCUGAGAUAUCCUAUAGCGGAGAAAGCAGCACUAGUAGUUGUCAGUUCGGCAAGGAAAUUGAGGCCAUAUUUUCAGUCACACCCAAUCAUUGUUCUCACAGAUCAACCUCUUCGACAGAUUCUGCAGAAACCAGAAUGUUCUGGAAGAUUAAUCAAGUGGGUAGUAGAACUGGGGGAGUUUGAGAUCACGUUUCAGCAGAGAUCCGUAAUCCGAGCUCAAGCACUAGCAGAUUUCAUUGUCGAAUGCACCCCAUGUCCUUCAACCUCUACUCCAGAGCCCAACGAUUGGACCUUAUAUGUUGACGGAGCAUCUAGUAGCAAGGGUUCAGGGGCUGGCGCUCUCUUGAUUGGUCCAGAAGGAUACCGAAGCGAACAUGCCUUGAAGUUCAACUUUGAUGCGACAAAUAAUAUGGCUGAGUAUGAAGCUCUGCUACUUGGGCUACAACUAGCACUGGAGUUGAAAAUCAGUGCAAUUCAAGUAUACAGUGACUCCCAGUUGGUGGUAAACCAAAUUAACUCAAUUUGUGAAGUUAUUGAUCCCGUAAUGGUGAAGUAUGUAGCCUUAGUAGCCGAGCUGAAGUGCAGAUUCCAGAAAUUCUGUCUGAGUAAAAUCCCCCGAGCUGAGAAUGAACAGGCAGAUUCACUCUCCAAGUUUGCCUCUGACAGCUCUUUAAGUUCCAGAUCCGUUUUUGUGGAGAUUUUAGAUGAACCAAGCUUCAUGAAGCCUCGGGUGAUGGAGAUUAGCACAAACCCAGACACGUCGAGUUGGACUGAUUCAAUCAUCUCCUUUUUGCAAGAUGAGAUAGUACCUGAAGACAGGCAGGAGGCAAUGAAGUUGAGAAAGAAAGCAUCUCGGUAUACCCUCGUUGAUGGGGUCCUGUAUAAGAGAUCUUUCUCACUUCCUCUUCUACGGUGUUUAAACCCCUAUGAAGCUGAAUAUGCACUUCGAGAGGUGCAUGAAGGUGUCUGUGGGAGCCAUAUCGGUGCUCAGACUCUAGCUCACAAAGUCUUAAGGCAAGGAUAUUACUGGCCAAACAUGCAUAAAGAUGCCACUUACUUUGUUCAGAAAUGCCCGAAAUGUCAAUUCUUCGCACAUCUGACUCACCAACCGGCAGAGGAACUCACGAACAUGGUAGCACCGUGGCCAUUUGCUCAGUGGGGAUUGGAUCUUUUAGGCCCGUUCGUGAAAGGGGUUGGAGGUGUAACCCAUCUGGUUGUUGGUGUGGAUUAUUUCACAAAGUGGGUAGAAGCUCGGCCUUUAUCUAGUCUUACCUCUAAGAAGUUCACCUUCAUUUACCAUCUAGAGUCCAAUGGCAUGGUUGAAUCUGUUAACAAAUGCAUUUUAGAAGGUAUAAAGCCGAGAUUGGAACAGCAUAAGGCCAAGUGGGCAGACGAGCUCAACAACGUCCUUUGGGCAUACAGAACCACGAGCCGAACUGCCACAGGUGAAACACCCUACCACUUGGCCUUUGGUACUGAAGCAGUCAUUCCUGUUGAAAUAGGAGUCCCAAGCUUUCGGGUCACCCAUUUCGAUGAAGGGCGAAAUGGACAACUGCUUCGGGAAAACCUUGAUUUGCUUGCCGAAGUCAGAGAAGAAGCUCGGCUUCGAACUCUUGUAUACAAGCAGAAGCUAGCCAACUUCUACAAUAAAUAGGUCCGCCCUCGAACUUUCAAAGUAGGAGACCUUGUUCUCAGAAAAGCUGGCUUAACGGGGUUUGAAACUCGUUUUGGCAAACUUGCCCCAAAUUGGGAAGGCCCUUAUGCCGUGGCCGAAGUGCCACAUCCUGGUGCCUAUAUUCUCCAAGACGCUGAAGGAAAGAGAGUUCCUAGAGUCUGGAAUGUCAAUAACUUGAAGAAA